CUCUAUCACACACUCGUUUACCAUCUUGAACUCGAUCAUUUUUUACUUCCUGUCUAUCAAUACCAUGCCUUCUCAACGCCCUCUCAAAUCAUGGAGCCUCCUGACCCUCUCCCUACUCUUCUUCUCCUCGAGCUACGCCCAGGAAACCAAACUCUGGAUCAACCAAGUCCCCGUCUACUGAAACUUACCAGUAUGCGCUGAAGUCCCCGUCAGCAACAUUGUGCGUGGAAUGGCCUCCGGCUGCGGCGACGGUGGAGCCAUCACCUCUUUCUCUUGUUUCUGUUCCGACAGCUCUAGCCAAUUCGCUUCUAUAAGCUCGACAGCCGUUGAGAAGAAGUGCACCCCGAACGCGAACCAGGCUGUUAAUCUAGCAGAAGACGUCUUUGCGAGCUAUUGUCGGUUGGAGGCCUCGACGACUGUUGCUGUUGCUACAUCACAGCCCCUCUCCGCAACCCCCCCACCCUCUCCAUCUUCAACAGCGGUUUUUACAACCCUCACCCCGUCUCCCUCAUCUUCCUCUUCUCCCACCCAAACACCUACCACCACUCCCGCGCCUACCUCUCCCGUAGCCCUCACCCCCACAUCUACCCCCCAACCUCCCCAUCCCCUUCACCAACCCCCCAGCCCUCCUCCAACACCGCUAAAAUCGCCAUCGGCAUCUGCAUCCCCCUCACCCUCCUCGGCCUCGCCGUCGGCGCCUUCUUCUACCUCCGCAACCGACGCACCCGCGCGCAAGCCAUCGCGCUGCCGAUGGACAAGAGCCCUGGGACGUCGAGCUCGACUCAGCCGUUCAACGGGGCGCCGCCGACGUACUAUAGGCAUGAGCAGAAGCCGGCGUUUGAAGCGCAGGUCGUGGCGCCUGUGAGCCCGGGACAGGGGCAGGGGCAGGGGCAGGUGCAGGGGCAGUGGGUUUGGACGGAGG